UUUUGGAAUAGCAGUUCUCGUAAAAAUGGGACUUAGUGAUAAUUGUGUACUUCUAUGUAUUCUUAUACCUGCUAUGCAAUGUGGGAAAUAUACUGACGUGACACGUUUGAGAGGAGACCUUGACGCAUUUCUUGCAAACAAUUCGGGCCUGCAGUUACUCCUUGGCAAUUUCCUUACAGAACCCUCGCCUCGAAAACAGGUCUUCAGGAGCAACCACUUCAAUAAACUCCUCAUGCUGAAGUCUGCUGUUGCAGAAAUUUUAAAGGAGCACGACGCUAUUGCCCAUAAAUAUAUGCCUUAUUUUACUAGCCAACACUACUUAAAGAGAGACGAAACGAGUUUUCAAGGAAGCCAACGUUUCGUUAAUGUUUUGAAAACAAACUUUGGGGACUUUGGUAACACAGCGCAUUUUGAUGGACAUCAAAGAAAGAAAUACCAGCGUAACUUCUCCUAUAAUACUUCAGUUCAAAAGAUUGACUGGCAGCCAACUGCAAAUCAUCUAUUUCAGAAGCUUGCUUUGUCUGUGAUAUUUAGCUUUUUGGCUAAACACAAUGCAACUGCACCGAGUUCCACAACUGUUCCAAGUUUGAACCCUGUCUCCCGACCAUAUCUGUUUUCACGCUUGAUUAAACGGGUCGAUCCAGUGAAAGCUGAUAUAGAAUUGAUGAUUGUCGUUGACCGAUCCAUUUAUAUGCGAUAUCUUUCAAAUAGUGGUUAUUCUGCUGAAAUUGCAAAAUCCAAAUUGUACCAGUACCUUAGUAUUCUCAUAGAAUUGGUCAACCAGAGAUUUGAAAAUAUUCAAGACACUGGUUUCUCUAUUCGUGUUCACGUCUGUGAUAUACUUACUGCAAAGACGCGACGUGAGAUAGCCUGGUUCGAAGGCAUGACUCGCUGGUCGGAGACGUCUGGAAAUCAUGUGGUUAGCGCUACCAGGGCGUUGAAAAGGUUUCAAAGAUGGCUGAAACGUUCCAGAAAGAUCCUUCCCAAAUAUGAUCAUGCUGUAUUUAUGUCAAGUUACAUUUUGAGCAAAAAGAGGAGAAAAGCUGAGGGUUACGCCUACAUUGGCACUAUGUGCGAAGUGGCUUCUGGCAAGUCCGCGUCCAUUGUCCAGGACGAAGGGGAUUUUGUUUCUGCUGGAGUUAUUGCUCACGAAUUGGCUCAUAGUUUAGGAGUUGAUCACGAUGGUGUUGGAAACAACUACGCAUGCCCUGCUGCCAACAACAAUAUCAUGGCACCCCAGACCUCUGACAAUCCUGCGGUGUCGUCCAACAUUUACCACUUCUCCUUAUGUUCCGUGAUGCAACUAAAGACAUUCGUGCAAUCACCGAGAGCGAGUUGCCUCCUUAAUAGUCCAAGGAAGCUUUUAACGUACAACAUGAAACGUGACCCCCCAGGGAAAGUUUUCGAUGCGAAUGAACAAUGUCAGCUCGCUAUUUCAGAGACCUCUCAGUUCUGUGAUACUGGUUCUCGCCUCGAGACGGUGUGUGAGAGACUAUGGUGUACCAGUCCAGGUAACAUGUGUCUUACUUCCAACAGACUCGUAGCCCUUCCUGGUACGACUUGCGGGACAGGAAAGCACUGCGAGAUGGGUAAAUGUGUCGCUCUGAGAAGGACUUUUGUAUCCCCAUUCCAGUCAGUGCGUGUUGAUGCCAGCUCCUUAUACAGAAACACCGAUUGCCCAUUUGAACCCACUCGAUGCCGCUUCAUUGUUAAAGCCUCUCCAAAACUGUGCACCAUGGAACGCUACCAGAAAUACUGCUGCAAGUCAUGCAGCAAAUCGUUAACACAGGACUAACCUCUGAUCGACUAUAAACAUGAUUAACCAACUUAACCUUAAGGUUUGAUGUGAUACGGCUAUUGAAGAGGAGUCGACAUUUGUGUUGGUGAGGCAGUGGGAGGACAAAGACAUUUACAUGGUGCUAGAUAGAUUAAAGAUAAGUUAAGCUUCGGUGCAACAAGAUGAAACGAACACACACCGGAAAUGGUCGAGAAUCACGUUCAAUCACAUAAAGA